AUGGCCGACACCAACUCUACGGACCAACAGGAAGCUCAAUUGUUCUUUCACUUGAUCAGCAAAGACGACAAGAAGGUGACCCAACUCUGCAGUUCUCAUCGUGAAGGCCCGCUACAGAGAAUUAGUGUUUACAAUGACACAGUCCUCCACAUGGCCUCUCGCUUCAAACGAAGUAAACUGGUACGCGACUUACUGGAAAUGUUGCCUAAAGAAUGCAACCAUGAACUUGCCGCUACAAAAAACAACGCCGGCAGCAAUAUACUCCACGAAGUAGCGGCCAGUGAUACUAUGAAAGAUGUGGCGGAGGGGAUGUUGAAGAGAGGUCCAGAGUUGCUAAUUGCGCGUAACGACUUAGGAGAGACGCCUAUUUUUUGUGCAGCCCGCUACGGCCAAACUGAAAUGUUUAAGUUUCUGGCUGGGGAAAUGAAACUAACGGAACGAAAUCCAGAAGAUGGUAAACACUAUUUGCAGAGGAAUGAUAGAACAACAGUUCUUCAUAUUUCCAUCUUCACCGAGUGUUUUGAACUUAUAGGCUAUCCCAACCAAUCUAGGUACGUUAGGUGA